AUGAAGCCCUUUGGUGCCAAGCCACUGACCAUGGAGGAGAGGAUAUUUAACUAUAGACUUUCCAGAGCCAGGAGAUGUGUGGAGAAUGCCUUUGGCAUUCUUGCAAACAGAUUCCGGUGUCUUCUGAGUGCUAUGGCACAGGUGCCUUCCACAGUGGAGACCAUCGUCCUCGCCUGCCUGUGCAUCCACAACCUCCUGAGAGACCAGGCAUCCGCUGAGCAGAAUGGCAUGAUGGACAGAGAGGACGACCAGCACAACAUCAUCCCGGGUGCAUGGAGAGAGGGGGGCGUGCUGGAUGACAUGCAACAGAGGCUUGCUGGCAACUACACCACCAAGAUUGCCAAGCGCCAGCGCCUGUACCUCAAGCAUUACUACAAUGGCACCGCCGGAGCAGUUCCCUGGCAGCAGCGCAUGGCCUAAGCAGUUGGCCAAACAUAACAAACAGACAAAUCAUGCAACUCUUGAUGCUUAAAUUUGACAACAAAAAAAUUGAACAAGGUAACGAAAGGAUGUAAAUUUAUUUAUAAAAUCUGUGUUGAGAAAAUCUUUAAAACUCCUAUUUCACAAAACAAAUGGAGGAACAUUGUUUCAAAACCAAUUGUUACUUGGGACAAAAUUUAUAUGAUUCCUUUUAAAUGUUCUUUAUCAAAAAAACUUAAAUAUUUA